UCGUAGAGCCUCAUACGCGGGCCAUAAACGAUCCGCGGCCAUAGUAGAGGUGCACGCGCGAGAAUCGAUCCGAAUCGCCGGCGAUAAACGCAUCUCCCGCGAGGCGACCGUCGCGCGCCGCGUCGCCGAGCGAUGAGUUCCAAGUUCAUCAUCGAUAGCAUGCUCCCAAAGUACCACCAGCAGUUCCACCAUCAGAAUUUGUUCGCGGGUGCUGGGGCGUCGCCGAUAGAGGCGUCGUUGUCGUCGUCGCUGUCGUCGUCGCUGUCGACGUCGCUGUCGUCGUCGCUGUCGGGCGGGCUGGGAGCGGCGGCGCUGGGCGCGGGCUCGCCGGGCGCUGGCAGCCCGCAGCGGUCAUCAUCUUCAUCAUCCGCGUCGCCGGGGGCGCCGGCAAGGAUGUACCCCUACGUGUCGCACCACCAGCAGUUCGGAGGCUCGGUGCCGUUCUCGGGCGGAGGAUUGUCGGCGGCGGAUGACAAGAGCUGCCGCUACCCUGCUGCGAUGGGCGCGGACCCGAUGGUGAACUACGCUUUGGGCCAGCACAAUGGAGGAGCGGCAGUGUCAGCGGCUUCCGCAAGCAUGGCAGCGGCUGCCCAGUUCUACCAGCAAGCUGCGGCGGCUUCAGCAGCGUCGGCGGCCACCGUGGACGCGAUGGGCGCCGCCUGCUCCCAGCCUCCAGCGCAGCCGCUGCCAGACAUUCCCCGCUACCCGUGGAUGUCAAUCACUGAUUUUCCGUUUCCAGAUUGGAUGAGCCCCUUCGACCGCGUGGUCUGCGGUGAGUUCAAUGGACCGAACGGCUGCCCAAGGAGGCGGGGUCGGCAAACUUACACGAGGUUCCAGACGUUAGAGCUAGAAAAGGAAUUCCACUUCAAUCAUUACCUGACACGCCGGCGCAGGAUAGAGAUAGCGCACGCGCUUUGCCUCACAGAGAGACAAAUCAAGAUCUGGUUCCAGAAUCGACGCAUGAAGUUAAAGAAGGAGUUGCGCGCGGUGAAGGAGAUCAAUGAGCAGGCGCGCCGGGAGAGAGAGGAGCAGGACCGGAUGAAGCAGCAGCAACAGGAGAAGCAGGCAAAGCUGGAGGGCCAGCACCACGGGCACCACGUGACCCACCACCACGACCCCAUGAAGAUGCCUAUCGACAAAGGCUCCAAUGACCUCCUCAAAGUGAACAAAGUCCCCACGUAAGGUGCCCGGGCCACCUCAUAGGAAAUUUUCCUGACUGAUUCUGUAUCAUAUAGUGUGAAUACAUGAGGGAAGUGUUGCGUCCACGGGGACUGCGGGCAGCGUUAGUCGAUUCGUAUCCACUAGUUUUAUUUGCGGCUGGUUUAGGAGCGCCUCUUGUGGAGGCAGUGACUUUAUUUUAAUUAUGUUCCUUUAGUGCAAGGAGUUGCCUCGGUGUCGCUGGGUGGACGGGCUGGUGAUGUGCUUUAAGCAUUUAUUUUGUUGCCAUAACCACACCUUAUUGCAAUAAUAUUUUACUAAAAUUUACAAAAGAGUUAGAUCGCUCUAAGGUUUACAUAGAAGCCCGAGUGAACUUCGGUAUUGUUAGAUAAGAUUUUAAAUCUGUGAAUCUCAUAGUAUUUAUUGCUACCACUUACUCUAAUGCAUUAUGUUAUAUUUUUUUAAUUAAUAGAUAUUAUUAUAUUAUGUACAUUUUGAUGUAUAUUUUAUUAUUUGUCCGCUACUAGUGGACUGGUUAUGUUUUACGGACACAUUUUUUUUAUAAUUGUAAAAUUUGUUGUAUUUUAUCAGUUGAUUUCAAAAGUGUUGCUUUUAUUUGACCAGAUUGUGAUUCACUUCAGUAGUUAAGGCCCGUGAAUUGUUGUAUGAUUUGAUCCCAGUUCUGAUAGUAAUAAUUAUCGAGAAAUAUUAAUUAUUACCUGCGUAGCUAAUUCCGUAAGAACUUAAAUUAUGUAGGUAUUUAUAACAAAAUACGUAUGGAAGUACAAUUGCAAAUAAAUAGGUCUUCGUCAUUACGAAACGUUAUGUUUUAUAUUUUGUCGUCGUGACAAUUAAAUAUAAAAUUAGACGGUAUUUUUUGAUAUUUCUAGUUAAAAAAUACCAUGUCCAGUUUAUCGAAAUAGUACCAUGAACAAAAAAGGUGGACUUAUACCGUGUGUAAGCGGUAUCGUCCCUAUUCCCGAGUCAUCUGAUGUUCAAAAUUAUAUACGUAACGAUGAUACAUAUAAUAUUACAAUAAUGUGACUAAAUAUAAAUUUUACACCUAAUUUUAAAGUUGAAUAGCGUAAGUGUAUUAUAUGAUAGGUUUAAAUAGGUUCGACUUUGUAUGAAGUAUUGCUAAGAUUAUUAGGUUACGUAAACUCCUGUAUGGUAGUGUUAACAGUGGCCGCUAUUACAUUCACUUGAUCUUCGUUUAACUGUUCAUUUGCUAAUUACUGAUGUCACUAAGCAUCAGGCGUGAAGCAUCAAGACCUUACUUCUUAGACUUUUACCUUACCUUAUAUAAUUUCAUCUAUGAAUAACGCUGGAGCUAAGGUUGUAUGAACUAUGCCUUACAUUCGACGAGCUAUCAUAGAUUCACUUCUCCCUUGUAAUUUUAUUUCUAAUUCCGUAUUGUGCCAAAAUGUAAUUUAUCCUUAGCGUAAAACACUGUCUCUACCGCGUCCAAACAAAAAUAUUGUGAACUUUCAUUUCUUCCUCGAUACGUAAUAACUGAACAAAAAUUAGAAAUUUAAAAUUAGUGUUUAUAGUCACCAUUAUACGUAAAUUAAUGUCAGGGUAGAAUUAAAAGAAAUAAAUUAAUAGAAUUAUCUGUAUUAAAAUUGGAUUCUUCGCUUAAUUUUGAUAAAUCACCUCUGAAUAUCUGUCCACUGUGUUAUUGGUAAAUAGUGAAUCAAUGUCGUGAUAUCAUUAGUGAAGGUAAAGUUUUCGGUAGUUUGUAAGAGAUUCGCGAAAGCCGUAAUUGAUAUUUUUGAAUCAGUUAAAGUCAGAGACCAUCCAACAAACAUUCAACUUGAUGUGGCUCUUUGUCAUUAGUUCCAUCAUCUUUUUUCAAAUAAUCAUGAGAUAAUUAGGAUUUUAAGCUUGAGUUUAGGCCCCGUAUUCUUAAUCGGUACUCAAAAUUCAAUCACACUGAAGCAUACAAUACAUUUAUUCUUCAGUGCAGAUUCAUACUCGUACUUGAGUAUCGCAUAAAGUACGGGCCUAAACCUUCCAAAUACUUUAUUUAUUUCAGCCAUCGCGGACAUAAAACCCUUUUAACAUUACGAAAUAAGGUUGUCGUUAGCAUAGAGAUUUAUCCCAUCUUAUUUUUAACUAUGAAAUCGAGAAUGAAAAUCGAACAAAAUGUACUUAAGUAACUUUGAUAUAAGUAGGCUUUAUAAAUUAUAAAGAUGCAUAGUAAAUAUCGUAGACACAUAUAAAUAAGCGUAAUGAAUCCGAUGUUUAGUAUUUGAAAACGCUUAAAAUUAUUUAAUAUUACACGCGUCGUGAACAGGAUGCUUUUGAAAUGGGACACAGUUUUGCAAUGACGUUGAAUUUGACACAAUUUGUGUAUACGAAUAAAUUGUUGUUUCUGCAUUUGAUGGACCCUAUAAGAUAGUUGUUUUUCCGUUGUGAUUAUUUGCUUUUAAUCGUUAUUUUUCGUGGGACUGUGCAAGUUGUUGUGGACGCUAGGUCGGUGGAGUUACCGACAAUAGCGGUCGACAUAGUAAAGAUAAUGCAUGUAGCUAUGUCCAUUGAUUUACGACAAUUCUCUUUAUUGUUUCUGCCUCGUAAAGAACUGUAAUUCAUGUGAAACAAUGAGCAAUUUACUAAAUAGUUAUAUACAUACGUCCUCCAUCCGUAUUGCUGUCUUGCCAUAAUGCUAGUGUUUUUGUAGUCGUGGUAUUAUUAUAUACCUAACUUGAUCAUUUACUACAGUAUUUAUUUUUAUACCUUUCCCUUUUCGAUACAAUUCAUUGUUCGAUUAUUUUAUGUUUACACGUUAAAUUUUAACACUUAUUGUGAACAUGUUAAGACUUCCGUUUUUAGUUUUUAUGUAUUAAAAUAAUCAUUUUUAUCUUAAUAUAAUUGUAGCUAUGUAUGUAUGUACCUAUAUCUAUAUUUUUGAAUAUAGUAAUUAGAGAUCGUCUUAAAGUUAAGUAACUGUAAAUAGUCGUGAAAGUUUUAUGUGGCGCAUUAUUUUUUGUUCAUAUUUUUUGUUUAUGUUAUGUAUUUAUGUAAUGGGAUUUGUGUCGUAUUUACACUUGGUCAUAGUAAUUUGAAUUAACAUCAGAACCUUACUGUUCAGCAUUGCGAACGAACCCUUGAAUUUUCUUAUAGGUACUUGAAAGCCGCAUUUGUCGGCGAAUAUCAAAAGCAGUAAAAUAUUUUAUGUCAUGGACUAAGAACAAUAUAAGUGGUCAUACAUGAAGCGUAAUAUUAUUCGUAAUAGUGAGUUAAUAAAGAUCUAUUAUGAAUAAAACUUCUGCAUUUAUGACUGCAUUCAAUUUAUAACUCAAAAUCACAUAAAAGUAAAAAACGUCAUCUGGUCAAUAUUUGGUCAGAUUUAUGAAUACGGUUACCUUCACUAUGCUGAACUAUGUAGUAUCGUUUUGAAAAACAGACGAAUGAAGGUUCUGUCGCAUUAAUUCUAAGAUUCAAGUUUGCUUGGCCAAGUGCAACGUAAUGUACGACUCAACGUGACUGUGUCGUGGUAUAUAAGCAAAUAGUUGGGUGAUUGUAUAUGAAGCCCACAUUGAAUAUUGUAAUAUUAAUUUCAAAAAUUCAAGAGAAUAAAGAGUUAAUAAAAAUACAA